AACACUGAGUAAUGCUCCCGUAAUACUAUCAUGAACCUCGCACAUGAAGUAUUUUCAUGAACAUUGCUCAAAACUGUUCUAGGUUCCUCCUAACCACCAUGAAAGCCUACGUGGUCUUGGCCCUGAUCAUCUGCGGACAUGUUUGCCAAAUCCAAGCCGCUGCAUUGAGCAAGCCGGAAAAAACAGGGCACGCAUUAGAGAAGCUUCUGGAAGAAGAGAUCACCCAAUCUGUCUCCGCGAAUGAGCGAGGACACCUCGUCGAAGCUCUCAAGGCCCUGAAUAACGGCGAAGAAACUGAUGAGGGCUACUUCCUUCACCUAAUUCCCAUAGCAAUCCGUGCAAUUGUGCACGCAGUUCGCGCCGGUGCUCAAGCUGGUCGUGCAGCGGUAGCGGCGUCCGGUACUGCCGCUGGUUCCGCCGCUGGUUCCGCCGCUGGUUCCGCCGCUGGUUCUGCGGCUGGUUCUGCGGCUGGUGCUGCAGCCGGUUCUUCAGCCGGCACCGCUGCCGCCGCAGCUGCGGGAGGUGCGGCAGGGGGCAUUGUAGGUGGCGCUGCCGUGGAGACAAUCCGGAAGGGGUAGAUACAGAUAGCUUCGGCUACCCAUGUGUCGUCGCAACGCAAUAAAUCAGCUGAAUCGUGGUACACGAACGUGUGUUGGUCGGUUCCGCAUCAAAUUUGGCCUGUUUUGCUUCACAUAUUGAAUCUGUUUUUCAUGUUUUUAAAUGCCUUUAAAUAGUGUUCU